UGGAGAAAGUGCAAAACGAUUUCUUCGAGCCAAGGAGUGAAGGACCACAACCUACACACUCCUUUCCACGCUAUUCAACCCCACUCCCUUGAAAUAAAAACAACGGAGGAUCAUUGAGGACCAUAAUGCGAGACAAAGGAGAGAAGUGGCGGGCCAGCCGCACAAGAGAAGUCCUGUCCCGUGAUGACUUGUUGUUUCUACUCAGUAUGUUAGAGGGAGAGCUACAGGCUAGGGAUGAGGUAAUUGCUGUGUUGAAAUCCGAGAAGAUGGAUCCGGUUCUACUUGGGGCCCGAUACAGUUUUGGUGGACCAGAAAAGGUGCUCCGUGCCCUGCAGAGAGACUCCCUCCGGGCCCAGCAGGACCACCUGCAGGAUGUGUACAAAAAACCAAUUGCUGAGCUCAACCACUUUGUGGAGGCUCAGAGGCACUCGUCCAAACAGAUGAUGGAGGGGUUCCUGGAGGUAUCUCGCUCUCACAGCAGGGCUCUACGCAAGCUAGAGGAGCAAGAGAGGAGCCACAGGGCUCUAAUCCAUAAGAGCGACUGCCUGACCACUCUGCUGGAGCAGGACAGAGAGAGACUUAAGCUCCUGCUUGUAAAAGAGAGAGAAUACCACAAGUUACAGGAGAAGAAAAGUGAAAACGAAGUAUCAACUCUCAAGGACGAGCUGAACAAGCUGAAGGCGUUUGCACUUCUGGUUGUUCGGGAGCAACAGAGUCUGAGCGAGCAGCUGGAGGCACAUCGCUGUCGUGUCAAAGAACUGACUGCCAUCACUGACCACAUCAAGCAGGAGGUCAGUGCUGCUCACCCCAGUGCAAAGAAGGCAGAGCACAAGUCUCUGCACCUCGAGGUGGAGCUCAACAACCCGGUUUCUUUUUCCAACCACAGCCUGAACACCAUGACGGCCCCGAGCCUGCUGUCAGAGGUCGAGCUGCUGAGGAGGAGGGUCGUGGAAAUGGAGGGAAAGGACGAGGAGCUGAUACGUAUGUGGGACCAGUGUCGUGACCUCGACCGUAGACUGGGGAGGGAGACCAGCUACUGCCGCAGCCUGAAAGUGGAGGUGGAUAAACUGACGGGCCGAAUCAGUGAAUUGGACAGGAUAGAGGGGGCUUUAGGGAAGAGCAAACAGGACUGCAGUAUCCUGAUGGGCAGCUUGGAGCAAGAGAGGGAGGUUAGCAAGAGGCUGUCUGCUGAGCUCAACACUCUGAAAGUUAGGGUGAAAGAGCUUGAGGCUGUUGAAAGCAAACAGGAAAAGAGUGAAGCAGUGAUUAGACAAGACCUCGCCAAGCUCAGAUCACUGACUGUAGCCUUGGUGGAGGACAGAAAGACUAUGGCAGAGAAGCUCAAACAGGCUGAGGAAAAACUGAACAGGAAGGAAGGCAACAGGAAUGAGCAAAGCAAUUUGGCAACAAUGACAGAAAGACUGAAAGAGGAGAUGCAACAGGCACUGGGGUGUAAGGCAGAGUUAGAGGGAAGGAUUAGGGACAUGGGAAAGGAAAAAGAAGAGCUCCAGGACCGAAUUAAAGCAGAGGAGGAGAGGAACAGAGAGCUGCAGAGUAAAAUGACCAUAAUGAGAAGUAGGCUGCAGGUGUUAGAAAACAGGAAAGAAAAGGAACAAAAGUACACACACAGUUCUGUUCCUUACAACACCAACCAUCGGUGCCAAACAGAGGACAACAAAGUCAAGGAACUGACCCAAGAGCUUGAUAGGCUGCGAAAGAGACUACAGGACAAGGAGGCGUUGGAGGGAGAACUGAUGCAGGUGGAGGAGGACUUUGAGUCCCUGCAAAAGAGGUUCAAGGAUGAGCAGAGAAGGUCCCAGGCUCUAACAGAGGAGCUUCAGGCGUCAAAGAGGGAGCUUUCGAGAUACGAGCAGGCGGAGAAGCAAGACGUCAACCAGGAGCACCUCCUCCUUUGCCGUCUUCAGAAGGAGCAGGUGAGGUCUAGACUUUUGGGCAGGGAGGUGGACUCUCUGAAGGAGAAACUCCAGAAGCUGAUGGGAACCGAGGAGUCAAUCUGCAGGGUUCAGACCGACCACUCCACGCUGCAGAGAAAGCUGACCUUGCAGGAAGGAAGAAACAGGGAGCUGGCAAAAGACAUGAAGGAACUCAGUAGUGAGCUCGACAGGUACAGACAAAAGAAGAACCUUUCACCUGGUGCGAAUGGACAACACUUUUCCGACCUUCAUCAGACCACCAAAGAGGUGCAAACUGAUCCAGCAGAUAGCCUGCCUCCUUACGGCGAUCAAAGCAAGAGAGCAGAAGAAGAAAAGCAGGAGGAGGACCUAAACCACAAUGAGGAGGUCUCAAACAGAAGAAGCUCUCUUGUCAACAACCUCAACAGCCUAAACACUGCAAAUAAUAACAUUAUCCAAUACAGCAAUCAAUCAGCCAAUGGCAUGGAUAUGCACCAAACUGCUAAUGGUGAGCUGAUGACGUUGACACACACGCCAGGGCAGCCCUUGCACAUUAAAGUAACACCUCACCACAUCCUCAACACAGCCACGCUUGAGUUCAGCAGCCCGACAGGAGAUGCAGCUACGUCCUACACCAGCACUGCCGUCAUCCCGACAAGCGGAGCCUCGCCUAAGCAGAGAAUCACCAUCAUCCAGAACGCCUCUCCUCUCGCAGUUAACACUAAGACCCCGCCUUCAAGCCCAGACCGCAGAGUCUCCCCAACAAUCUCUCGGAUGCUGAGCACAAAUUCUCCACGCUCUGCGACCCCCGACCAAAACAGCUCCCCGAUUCAGAUCGUGACAGUCCGGACCUGUUCUCCAGAGCCGGAGGAGGUCGCCAAUCAGACCACCGUCUACUGCAAGACACCUGAGCGUCAGAACAGCUGGCAGUAUCAGAGGUCCAGCAGUGUCGACACGAGUCCAAAUAUCAUCACCACAGAGGACAACAAGAUCCACAUCCAUGUGGGGAGUCCAUAUAUCCAGUCUGUGAGUGGUAUGACCCACAGUGUGCCACAACCAGUCGGGUCGUACUAUCUCCGUCAUGAGCAACAGACACAAGUGCUCGCCAAUGGCUGUCAUGUAAAAGGUGUUGGCAAAAUUACAAGUAGCAUCACUAUUUCCCCUUCUACCUCCUCAGCUUCACACUCCUCUAAUAUUACAGUAAGUGGCCUUUGUGAUUAGGGGAAGAUGUAUAUGAUUGGGUUCUCAGACACUUUCCUGGACACCAUUACUUCAAGGAGAACCUAUUGUCUUUGUAAAUAUUACUAAACAAAUAAUUCCCAGUGUUUGUCAUACUAUUUGUAAAGCCUACUUUAAUUAGUUAGUGUGCAAAUGUACUUACUGAAUUUAACUGACUGUUUGACAUGUGUUUUAAGCACCUGUAUUAGAGCUAGGUAAUACGUCAUUGCCACCAAAUGUGUAAUAUGCUUUUCAUAUUUUCAUUCUGUUUUAUUGAUGUUUUUUCCCUGUUCAUUAAAAGUGUUUGUGUUGA